CUCCUGUCUCUGAUAGUCUGAUUCACAUCGCCUUUCCUCUAAGCACAAUCAGAGCCAAAACUGUGCUUCACUCCAAAUCAUUAGUCGAGUAUCCGUCUACCCGCGCUUCCAUGUUCCAUCCAGCACGUGAAUCGGGCCAGAGCCUCAGCCGAUGACUGCGGCUAACAUUUUUCAAUGCACAAUGGAUAGUCCCUAUGUUCGCGCCACUACUCGGCUGGGAGCUUGCUUUGGUCGCACCUGCUCGUUAGCCACUUCCGAUGGACAGUCACUAUAGCUGUGGUUAUUGUUAACAGCUUACAGGCAAGCAGUUGCCUAGCAUGCAGCCUUGGCGCGCACCUGCUUCUUUGUCGACUGGCGUUACACGAACCCAGCCAAACCUACCUGGUGUCAUGCCGAGGAACACCAGGUCGAUGGCCCGGCGCUUAUCUCAGGCAGCAAACUACGCCUGCGAAGGCUUUUCGACGGCAGUUUCAAACACUGUUCCACGGGCAUGGUCCAACUCGAUAACCGUAAACAUCUUCGGCUUGGGGCAUCCGGCAUCCUUCACCCCGAACUCCAGCACCAGCAGCCGCGGUGACAUCACGAGCAGCACAUGUGCAAGUGCUGUUGCCAAAAGCACUUUAUCUAGCGGAGACCUGGCGUCUUGGACCAAACCCAUAGCACCCGGUUGGACCCGACAUUCCAAUCAACACUGCUGCCAUCUGCCAGCGCGGCGGCAACCGCAGACCUUGUUGACCGCAAUUCCUCAGUCGCCCGCCACCCUUACAGCUAUCAGCACUUGCGCCGAUGCCGCAUCAGUCGGAUCCGGGGCCCACACUCCGCUGCCACCCGCGACACCGCCUAGCAGCGCCGUUGGAACCGCGCCCGUUGCAGCUUCCUCAGCUGCUGCAGCUGCAGCUGCUGCUGCUGUAACGACCCCGUCCACAGCACCCGCCGCAACUCCCUUGCACCCCAGCACGCCUGCCGUACCGCAGCAUGAGCGACAGUGGCAGCAGCAGGUGCAGCAGGAACAACAACAGCAGCAGCACCAGCAGCACCCGCGCCGCCUGCCGCCUCCCCACAGCGCGGUUGAGGCGCAUGCCUGGCGUCCCGCCGCGCCCCCGCCCGCCCCGGGCCGCCUGCAGGUUUGGUGGUCGCCGCUGGACCAGGCCUCCACUUGCACCCCUGAGCGCACCUCGCGCUACCGCAGCUGCCUGCCACCCGCAGAGGCAGCUGAGGUGGCGGGCAGCGGCAAACAGCAGCAGCGGCCGCAGCAGCAGCAGGAGCCACCGCCCCAGCCGCAGCAGCAGCAGGAGCAAUCGGUAGACGACGUGGCUGCUAAACGCAUGGCAGCUCGGGCGCUUGCUCGCUGCGUGUUGGCACGGGCGGUGUCCGGGCAGGGGGAGAGUGGCGGUGGCAGCGGAGUGGGGGCGCAGGGUGGGAGCGACGAUGGGAACGGCGUGAGGAGGGGUGAAGAGGUGGGAGGUGUCGGAGAUGUUGCAGGUGGCGGAGGUGGAGACGGCAGCGGUGGAGGCGGCGCCAGCAGCGACGCAGGCUUGGCCGCUGUGCUGCCCCAGGACCUUGUGUUCCUGCGCAAUCCGCACGGCAAGCCGCACCUUCUUCACCGCCCCGGCUGGCCGGCACUGGCGCACAACCUCACUCACACGCACGACCUGGCAGGUGUGGCCCUACUCCGCCAGCCCCCGCCACCACCUAGCCACCACCUUCACCACCUCACGCCACCUACCCAAGCACCCUCAGACCCAUCAUCAGUCUCAGCACUGCUCCUCCCUACGUUGUCCCAGGCGGCGGGGGCAGGCGCCUCCUCGCAGUACGACGAGUACGGUGGCCCAUCUGCCGUACAUCAGCUCCCCUGGUCGUACAGUGUGGGUUUGGAUGUGGAGCGGCUGGACAGGCUGCCUCGGGACCCGCUGGCGCUUGCACGCAGGCGGCUGGCGGCGGAGGAGGUGCGGGCGUUGGAAGAGCUGUCGGGUGAGGAGCGAGCGCGGUACUUCAUGUGGCUGUGGACACUCAAGGAGGCGUACGUCAAGGCGCGAGGAACGGGUAUCAGCGCACCUCCGGGGCUCAAGGGCUUUGCCAUUGGUUUCGAGGACAUGCCUGCGUCCCGGAUUCGUGACCUAGCGGCCGCAUGCAACAACAGCUGCCUCGUGUCGCCAACCGCAAAGACCAUCACGCUACGACACACCGCCUGCCCUACUAGUAGCAGCAGCAGUGGCCACAGCAGCAGCAACGGUAGCAACGGUAGCAACGGUAGCAACGGUAGCAACAGCAUGGUUUCGGAGCAUCCGCACUCUUCCUUGCCCGGCGUUGUCAGCACUCGAGCGCACUUCAGUUUCGCGCUCUUCCAGCCAACUCCACUGCACGUGGCGGCGCUGUGUGUAGCCAUGCAGCCGCCACCCGCCUCAUCGCUGCUGCCUGCGGAGCCAUUUCUCGGUACGCAACAACAGCAGCAGCAACAACAACAGCAACAGUCCUUACAACGAGCCUGCAGCGAGCACCCCCAACCAACGGUAUUGCUGGAGGACCUGCAGCAGAAACGACAGCAUGGGCAGCUGCAAGGACAGCAAGUGCAUGCGCAGGUGCAAGCUCAGCAGCAGCAACUUCAGGUGCAGCAGUAUGGGCAGGUGCAAGGUCAGCAACAGAGGGAUCAGGUGCAGCAGCAGCAGCUGCUCCUCAGCAGCAGCAGCAGCGGUGGUGGUGGUGGCGCCUGUCCGCUGCUGCCCGCCUGGCUCGUGGAGCACUGGUGGUGUGUGCCGCUGGAGAGCGAGGGGCGGCUGGGGCCCUCGGAGGUAACCCUGUUGGGGGCAUCGUGGACAUGAAGUGCUGCGGUGUAUUGGAGUGGUGGAGAGUGUUAUGUAGGAAUGUAUGCUUUGUUUCUC